AAGUUGAAGGUUGGCACUUGGCAAGAUUUAAAAAUGACCCACCUACAAGGGAAUUUAAGUUGGCGACCAUAAAUUAGUUGGGGAAGAGAGAGAGAGAGAGAGAGGGACAUAACCUGAGUGAGACCCAUUUCAUCAUUUCCAGCAGCUUAGAAAUAGACUCCUGCUAAAUUCAUCUUGUUCCUUUCUUAUCUUCUUCUUCUUCUUCAUUUAUUCAUUCAUCUAGAGAGAGAAAGAGAGGGGUUUUAGAGAGAGAUGGGAAAUUGCCAGGCAGUUGAUGCAGCAGCGUUAGUGAUACAACAUCCGAGUGGGAGGAUAGAGAGGAUGUACUGGUCGAUAAGUGCUAAUGAGGUGAUGAAGAUGAACCCGGGUCACUACGUUUCUAUUAUCAUCCCGCUGCCUAAUAACAACUCCGGCGAAGACAAUUCCGAUGAAAAGAAGACGGUACGGUUCACCCGCGUCAAGCUUCUCCGGCCUACCGACACUCUCGUUCUUGGCCGGGCUUAUCGACUCGUCACAUCCGAAGAGGUUAUGAAGGUGUUGAAAGCAAAGAAGCAUGCGAAAAUGAGGAAGAACCGAUCAGAAUCAGGGGGCGAGUCGAACACAGAUUCGGAGAAGCGAAGUUCGAGUUGCGAGGAAGAGGGUGAAGAGUCUCAACUGCUUAAAACCACUCAGCAAAGCUCCUAUCUCCAACCAGCAACGAGACACGAGAGACAUCGACAGAGGCCCGCUGGAUCAACAAGUAUUGCAAGGUCAAAAUCAUGGCGCCCUUCCUUACAAAGUAUCUCUGAAGGUGGAAGCUAAUGGUGGUUCUUAUUAAGUACAGUAUCUCCAAAGUUAUAAUUUCCAGAAACGAAAUGGGCCUUUUAAACCUGGAAACGCAGAAACAGUAAAUCCAUGGAAGCCGCCAUUGUGAUUUCAAUACUAUUGCCACCGUUAGCAAUGGUCGCUCCAUAUAGCUCAAAAGAGAAAUGGAUUUGACAUCUUUUUCAUUCUCAAGAUGCAAAAAGAAGUGUUUUUUGCUUGCAAGCUUUUCAGUGUUUAUGGUUGUAACCAAGUAGAUAACUCAGUCAAGUAUAUGAAAGUUGAAAUUGUUUUUUGCUUGCAAGCUUUUCAAUGGUCAUGGUUGUAACCAAGUAGAUAACUCAGUCAAGUUAAUGAAAGUGAAAGAACUUUUCUAUCUAAAA